UUGCGCAAAACCAACAGUUGUAUCAUCUUGUCGCUUGAACUGUGGUUGUCAAGUGGUUAGUUUUUUUCUUCCUUUAAUCGCAAAGAAAUGAAGUUUUUUUACGGAUUGGCGUUGGCUUUAAUCUUAUUUGACGGAUUUAUAAGCCAAUGUGAAGGUGCAGGUGGGUCAGAAGAGGCAUCGACCAGUAUAAAUUUAAAAAAACUUCCAAACAAUGUAUAUGAAGAAAUCCUAUUCAGGACCGGUUUCAGUGCAACGGAACAAGCAGCAAAAGACAACCAAAGAUCGUUAACGGCUGUCAAGAAAAUAUUUGAAGAUCGUAUAAUUCAGGUCCGCCCAAUGAAUUGGGACCACCAAAUAAGCGAAGAAUCUCUAAAUGGUAGCAUUUAUCUUAACAUCAACGAUGUCAAUAGAGCUUUAUCAUUUUUUAAAAACUUUGGUGAUCAUAUAAAGAAGAUAAAAAUUAACUACGAAUUCGUAGAUGACAUAGAUCGCCGCCAGAUAAAUGAAAAUAUUAUCACAAAGUAUGCAAAACAAUUUACGGAUUUUCACAUAGUCACCUUUGAUUCGUUCUCGACAUUUUUGGAUCAACUGUCGAACGGAGGAGAAAGAACUCAUUUUCUAAAUGUGAAAAGGCUUCGUUAUGAAGGUCCAAGUUUUGGAGAAUCGUACGAUUUGAAUGCUAUAUUUCCAAACCUUGAAUCUUUAACAUUAUAUUAUAAUCCGUUUUUUAUGGAUCACACAUUUAUGCAAAUUAAUACAAAUUGCAUGACAAAUAUCAAGAAAUUAGAAGAAUUAAAACUGGAAAUUAAUCCUGUAUCGUAUGAACUACAUGACCUUGAACAUAUUUUUGUGAAAAAUAAGCAGUUGUUCACGCUUGGACUCGUGUUGAUCGAUAAAAUAGAUAUUCUUCGUUCGAUCGAAGUACACGCGAAUACUGUGCAAACACUUGAAAUCCAUAUUGAUGGUACCGACUUCCUGACUCACGUGUCUGAAAAGCAGCCAUUUAAUAUGCCAAAAUUGAAGAGGCUCAACUUAAGAGGAAGUUGCGAUGAUUCUCGCAUCAUUAGUUUCAUAAACAGUUUCAAGAAAUUGGAAACACUGGAAGUGAUGGUCUCAAAUGCUUUGAUUAUAUCGCAAAUUGAACAAUUGAUUGAAAUUAAUGAAUUCAUUACAUAUUACCCAUCUAUCACGAAUCUUAAGGAUACAUUAGAAAGCUUUGGUAGAAAAAAGAAAUUGAAUAUGAUAAAGUUUUCGCAAGUUGACCAAAAUACGUGUGACACUUUUAAAUCUCAAGUGAGCCAGAUUAAUAAAAAGUUAAAACAAUCACAAAACCUAACAUGGAAAGUAAAUUGUUCCAAUGACACCAUAACGUUGCUGCGUAGCAAAUAAAUGUAAAAGUCAUCCAUGAUAUUUGUUGAGAAAAUCAGGUUUUUAAUGAGGCAAAGGUACUCUUUUUCCCUGUAAUUAAUUAAAAUUUUAGACAAAUUUAGAAACAAAUAAAAAUUCUCUCUAAUCGACUCCAUUCGCAAAAAA